UCAAGUGCAACACAAAUACCUGCGUUCACCGUCUGUGAAGUACACAUUUCCCCGCAGCUUCAGAUGAGCAAGAGUCCGUCCUUUUCAUCACAACCAUUUAUUUACCUCACAUAUACCCAGUAAACACCGAACUAACAGAGAAACGAGGGCUUUAAACAGCUCGCUUAGAGACUAUGGAGAUCUCAUUCAUGCUUUUAUUGGCGGUUACGUUAUUCUGUCCCGUUCAGUCAGGUGCCUUGACUUGUGAUUCACGGCAGUAUCAGUGUGGCAAUGGAAAGUGCAUCACGGCGAGAUGGGUGUGUGAUGAAACUGAUGACUGUGGUGAUGGCACUGAUGAACUUCCUGCUGCAUGCUUGGCCAAGACCUGCAGACCCAGUCAGUUCAGUUGUGGUGGUCGACUAAACCAGUGUAUUCCCAAGAGCUGGAAAUGUGACGGAAAAGCAGAUUGUGAGAAUAAUGCGGAUGAGGAAGGCUGCGAUCCUCGGCAGUGUCACGAUGGAGAAUUCCGUUGUGGCAGUGGUCAGUGCGUUACGGCUGCAUUCGUGUGCGAUGAUGAGAUAGACUGUGAAGAUGGCAGUGAUGAAGUCUCCUGUCCUCCAACCACGUGUGGCUCCAGCUCCUUCAGGUGCAACAACGCCCAGUGUGUCCCACGACUCUGGGUGUGCGAUGGAGAUGCCGACUGUGCCGACAAUUCAGAUGAGUUGCCUGAAAAAUGUGGCCCUGGAACAUCUAAGCCCACCAAAAAUCCCUGCACUUCCAUGGAGUUCCAUUGCGGAAGUGGGGAAUGCAUACACGGUAGCUGGAAGUGUGAUGGAGGAGCGGAUUGUUUGGAUCACUCGGAUGAGCAAAACUGCUCCUUGCCAACAUGCCGUCCAGAUGAGUUCCAGUGUGGUGAUGGGUCUUGCAUCCACGGCAGUCGGCAGUGCAACCACGUUUAUGACUGCAAAGACAUGAGCGAUGAGCUGGGCUGCGUCAAUGCAACUCACUGUGAGCCACCAUACAGGUUUAAGUGCCGCAGCGGUGAAUGCAUAAGCAUGGAAAAGGUUUGCAACAAGCAACGGGACUGCAGGGAUUGGUCUGAUGAGCCGCUACGAGAAUGUGACUCUAAUGAGUGUCUUUACAACAACGGUGGCUGCUCUCAUAUCUGUAAUGACCUGAAGAUUGGUUAUGAGUGCUUAUGUCCUACUGGCUUCCGGUUGGUGGACAAGAGACGCUGUGAAGACAUCGAUGAGUGUGCCAACCCAGACACCUGCAGCCAAAUCUGUGUCAACCAGAUGGGUAGUUAUAAGUGUGAGUGUGAGGAUGGCUACCAGAUGGACCCAGCCAGCAAGGCCUGCAAAGCUAUUGGAACUAUCGCCUACCUAUUUUUCACCAAUCGCCAUGAAGUAAGGAAGAUGACUCUGGAUCGCAGUGAAUACAUACGCGUCAUCCCCCGCCUGAAGAACGUUGUUGCACUAGACAUGAAUAUUGCUUCCAGAGAUAUCUACUGGUCGGAUUUAUCCCUGAAAAAAAUAUACAGAGCCCCAAUGGAUACAGCGGACAACUCAUCCCAACACAGCAUUGUGGUUGGCAGUGACUUAGAUGCACCAGAAGGUAUCGCAGUGGACUGGAUCCAUGGAAACAUCUACUGGACGGACAGCAUCAGGGGCGCCAUCUCUGUGGCAACAGCUGACGGAAGCAGACGCAAGACGCUCUUCAAAGAGAACCUGGCCAAACCACGUGCCAUUGUUGUCGACCCAAUUAAAAACUUCAUGUUCUGGACCGAUUGGGGCACACCAGCCAAGAUCGAAAAAAGUGGUCUUAAUGGAGUUGACCGGAGCACUCUAGUUGCGGACGACAUUGUGUGGCCCAAUGGAAUAACCCUAGACCUAUUGACCGAGCGUCUGUACUGGGUUGACUCCAAACUCCAUACUCUUUCCAGCAUCAGUGUGCAGGGAGAUGGUCGGCGUACUCUAAUCAUUGACCAAGGCAAACUUGCGCACCCUCUGAGUCUCACUGUUUUUGAGGAGAAAGUGUUUUGGACGGAUGUAAGCAAUAACGCCAUUUUAAGUGCGAACCGCGUCACCGGAGGAGACAUCACAAAAGUGGCCGAACACCUCUCAUCUCCAGAGGACAUUGUUCUUUUCCACAACCUCAAACAACCUACUGGAAUCAACUGGUGCAGGAUCAAUAACGGUGGCUGUGAGUUCUUGUGCCUUGCUGCCCCUCAGAUUAACAGAUUCUCACCCAAAUACACAUGUGCCUGUCCAGAUAAUAUGAUGUUGGCCAGAGAUAUGCGGAAAUGUGUACCAGCUGUAGUGACAGCUGCAACUCCUGUCAGGCCUGAAAUACCCACAACCAUUCGUCCUCAAGUUCCUUCAGAAACGACACCAAAACCUGCUAGGCCUUCCACUACCAAUUCACAACCUUUACCUACUCCGGCUCCCAAGAUCCCUAACAGACCCACUCAAGCUGCCACUUUGGUGCCUUCACAGGCCACAACUAAACUUCCCUUUUUCACCCAGACAGAUGUCCACUUUGGUGAUGUUAAGGCUGUCUCUGAUACGUCAUCUUCCACACUGUGGGCCUUGUAUAUUGUGGUUCCUCUUGCACUCCUCUGUUUGGUUGUGGGUGGCGCUGCACUGUUUUGGAGAAAAUGGCGUCAGAAAAAUACCAACAGCAUCCACUUUGACAACCCGGUUUAUCAGAAGACCACAGAGGACCAGGUGCAUUUAUGCAGAAACAACAGUUCUGAUGGCUAUUUUUACCCUCAGAGACAGACUGUGAGUCUGGAUGAUGAAAUCUGAUGAUGAACUUGUUGAAACGAUCCAUGCUGAAACUGACAAUGUUUCAAGACUGGAGGCAGUUUAUACAGUUUUUACCUACACGGAGGUCAGUUCUUCAGCAAAACAGCAUUUGGGGAACAAUAGAGAACCAAACCGCCUUUCCACCCACACAAGACAUUCAAUGCAAAAAAACAACAAUCCAGUGCUGACAAUUCAGGGAAAACCAAACUGAAAACAAAGAAACCUCAGACAACAACAAGAACCUCGGCUUAUCAAGGCAACUUAGCACUUCACUAUAUAGAAAUUAUAUAGCAAUCCACUUAACAGCACUUAAAAAUGGAGGGCUUAUCCUUAUCAGAUGUCCAUAGGUUAUUGUAGAUAGUGUAUGUAUUAGUACAUUUUAAAGAGUUGCUUUUAUUUGUAUUUUAAAAGUUUUCAGAGGCAUCAAAAACCUUUAUCCAAAACAUUUGUAUUGUUUGGUUCAUGCAGUAUAGUAAUUGAAGAUGCAGUAUGUGUUAAUAUAUUUAGGAUAGUACAUUUACUGACAUAGGAUGUGCAAAGUUUAUUUUCCUAAACAUGUCUUGUUUUUAUUCUUAGGUCAGCAAUGCAUUUAAAACUUAUGGAAGCCAGUUCCACUGAGUAAAAAUUAAAUAAAUAAGUAAAUAAAUACAAUACAAAAAAAAGUUAUAAAAUCAGAAUUCUGAGUUAUAAAGUUAAAAUUCUGAGUUAUAAAAUGGGAAGUCUAAGUUAUAAAGUUGCAAUUUUGAGUUACAUAAUAAGUUAACUCGUAAUUCUGACUUAAUAACUCGCAAUUCUGAAUUAAUAACUUACAAUUCUGACUAAAUAAUUGGGAAUUCUGACUUAAUAACUCGCAAUUCUGACUUAAUAACUCGCAAUUCUGACUUAAUAAUUGGAAAUUCUGACUUAACUUGCAAUUCUGACUUAAUAACUCGCAAUUCUGACUUAAUAACUCGCAAUUCUGACUUAAUAACUCGCAAUUCUGACUUAAUAAUUGGGAAUUCUGACUUAAUAACUCGCAGUUCUGACUUAAUAACUCCCAAUUCUAACUAAAUAACUACCAUAAACUCACAAUUCUAACUUAACUCGCAAUUCUGACCUAAUAACUCGGAAUUCUGAUUUAACUCUCAAUUCUGACUUAAUAAUUUGCAAUUCUGACUUUAUAACUCGUAAUUCUGACUUAAUAACUCGCAAUUCUGACUUAAUAUCAUGGAAUUUUGACUUCAUAACUUGCAUUUCUGACUUUAUAACUGGAAAUUCUGACUUAAUAACUUGGAAUUUUGAUUUUAUAACUCAAAAUUCUGACUUAAUAACUCGCAAUUCUGACUUAAUAACUUCGAAUUUUAACUUUAUAACUUGCAUUUCUCACUUUAUAACUCCCAAAUCUGACUUUAUAACUCGCAAUUUUGACUUAAUAACUCUGAAUUCUUACUUUUUAUCUCAAAAUUGUGACUUUAAAACUCAGAAUUCCAAUUUAAAAACUCAGAAUUGAGAAUUUAUAACUCAGAAUUGUGACUUAAUAGCUCAGAAUUCUGACUUAAUAACUCAGAAUUGUGACUUUAUAACUCAAAAUUCUGACUUAAAUUUUUUUUUACGUUGUAUUUAUUUAUUUAUUUAUUUUAUUCAGUGGCGGGCUUCCAUGGAAACUGCUUUUUCUUGAAAAACACACCUCAGUAAAUGAAAUCUGUCUGAUAUGCGGUAUUGAUAUUGGGGUUGCUUAAUAAUCACUAUCAUAAAGUCUUUUGUUUUUGCAGUCAAUGAUUAUUUACGACUUUAAUUCUACUGUGGUGAAAAUAAGGAAGCUUAAACUCUUCAGAGAGUCAGGGAAUGUACUUUAUGUUUUUUAGUAAAAGCUUUUUAAACAUGCAGAUGCAGCACAAUCGCCUUACGUCCUCAAUGUGAACGUGUACAUAAUGUAAAUAUCUGUACUAUUGCAUUUGUAAGAAUUACAGUACUGUAUAUAGCGAAAUGUUUAUUUAUUGUUUUUUUUUUGCAAUCUAAAUCUUCAUUUGAUAAUCGGCUUUGUGCCAUGUCCGUUGUUUAAUUGUUGAAUGUAAAUGAUCAUGUUUCUGUACAUUCCGAUGAGCUAAUUUAGUUAUGUGUCUUCUGAAAAGCCAAAUGCAGUUCUAAUAACUUGUGUUAUUUUAUCUUGAAAUAAAAAUAUACAUACAUAUA